AUGAACCCUAAUGUCUGUUCUCAUAUUUCUACACUUCUUUCAACUUCACCUAUGCUAAAAAAUUUUUCUAACAAAGAAAAAUUAUUACCAAUUGGCGAGUGGGCUGGUAAGAUUGGUGAAAUUGCAAGUCAGAAUCUUUAUUCUUCAUUAUAUGCGUUAAGAGGUAUAUUGUGUCGCGUACUUGAAGGUGAAAAAGUUAUUAGAGGUUGUUGUUGCAGUAAUAAAGAGAAUCACUGUAGAAAUGGAAAAUUAGAUGAUAGGAAUACUUGUCAAUAUGAGAAUGAGAAUAAAUUAAAGGAAUAUGAUGAAUUAGUUAAAGAG